UGGUCCGCGAGAGACGCCACAGCACCGGGCACACGCGCGGCAGCAGCAGCAGCAGAGGAACAGUAAGCACACAGUCCCAAGCGGGGACAGACAGGGUUUAGCGACGUCCCCCUGUCCGAACCACAAACCUCAACUGGAUACGUACACUGACCAAAGGAGGGAAAAACAACGCCAUUUAAAAAGCGCCCCAUUUCCUUUUAACGUCCGUCUUAACGACAGAAGUGCGUUUACCGGGAACUUUAUUCCUCUCGGCAGCAGUUACCGGAGCAUGAACGCCAGCCUGUAGAGAGGAGCAUCAAAACUCAACUUCAGAGCGACUUUCCAUAGCUGGGUAUAGGCUUAAUUUAUUGACCGACCAUUUAAAAAAAAUCUUUUCCAAUUCAUUUUAGUGGCUCCAAAUAUAAAGAGAAAGAAGAUAGAAGAAAGUAGAAGAAAAGGACAAACGGAGACGUGGAUGUAUUUUCAGCCAUGGAUGUAACAGUUUACCCGCCUCCUCCUCAGCCUCUGGCCGCAUCAGACCACCCCAGGCUGGGGCAGCUCUCUUAUCCUGACCCGGCCUUUGGGACCAACAAGCUGGAUGGGGACACCAUGUUCCUGGGGAUGCCAGAAGCAGGCCUUGACUUCGCCUCAACCAAUCAGUUUCGUGUGCCACAGCCCCCUCACCCUCUCAGCAAGGUGACGCCACCCAAUCCACCCUCACAGCACUGGAGGAGGGAUGUACACAUGGCCGACAUACACCGUCUACCCUGGUCAUACCAAGGGAAUGGAUUGUGCGAUGAUGAUUUCAACAUCCCGCCCAUCACUCCCCCCACCCUGCCAGACCACAUGCUGCCCCCUCACCUGCCCAACGAUUCCUCCUCUGGACAAUAUCACCCCAUGGAGCCCCCCUCCAGCUCAGCUCACCACCCUUACCAGCUGCAGGGCAUGGACCUCCCCAGCAUGCCUGGCAGCCAGGAUGGGACUGGUAUGUUGACCCAAGAUGGUAGCACGUUCAGCCCAGAAGGCGGCCCAAUGACCAGUACUCUUUCUGUGAUGCAGCAGAUGGUGAACUCAGAUUCUAGGUUUACCAGCAGCCAGCAACCAAUUGAAGCAGCACUUGGACCCAGGAACCAAUCGGGCAUGAGCCAACAAAACCAGUUGUCUACUAUUAACCAAUCCCAGCUGGGCCUGCAUAGGAACUCUGUUACCCAUAAUUCUCCUUCACCUCCUGGAAGUAAAUCUGCCACACCAUCUCCACCCAGUUCAGCACACGAAGAUGACAAUGAAGAUGGACUCAGGGGAGAGAAGCGGCCAGCAGCAGUGGACAUCUCCAAGAAACCCAAAACACCAAAGAAAAAGAAGCGAAAGGAUCCCAAUGAGCCGGUGAAGCCAGUGUCAGCCUAUGCCCUGUUCUUCAGGGACACACAAGCCAACAUCAAGGCCCAGAACCCCAACGCUACCUUCGGGGAAGUGUCGAAGAUUGUGGCUUCCAUGUGGGAUGGCCUAGGUGAAGAACAGAAACAGGUGUACAAGAAGAAGACAGAAACAGCUAAGAAGGAAUAUCUGAAACAACUGGCUGCUUACAGAGCCAGUCUAGUCUCACAGAGUUACAGUGACCCAUCAGAGAUGAAGCCGCCCCACUCUUCUCCCACAUCUUCCUCUUCCACCUCAAUGUUCACACCCAAACCUUCAGUUUACCAGGGUCAGCACUCCAGUUCACUGGCCCACCCUCAUCCUCUCCCUCCCCCUCAGCACCCAGGCAUGUACAUGCCGUACCCUCACCCAUCACACCCUUCUCAUGCCUCAAGCCCUGGUCUCGGCCCACACCUGCCCCCUCCUCACCCCCAUAUCCAUCCUCAACUCCAAGCUCUGUCCUCCAGGGGGACUGUGCCACGGGCCAGUGUCCCCCACCAGGGAGCCCUGUCCCUUGGGAAUGUGGCAGCAGCAUCUACACCUCCUCUUCAGGUCAGCCCUCCGCUUCACAGCCAGGCACACCUGGGAGGGCUGCACAGUCCACACCAUCAGCACCAGCAGCUUAGUGGACACUCACUGGGAAUGACACCCCCCCCUGCUAUCACACAGGGCUACCCCCCCUCUCUCCAGUCUGACUACCAGCCAAUGGGAGGAGGCAUGCUGAACAGUGGAGCAGUGAUGUCCUCAUCAGUGGACUACCACCAGCUGGGUCGACACACUCCAAACCAACACCCCUCUCUGGACUGGGGUGCUGAUUACCAUGGCAACGGAGGUCUUCAGAGAGACAAACCUCUGUACCUGAGCUAAUCUCAGGACAAAAAGUAACCAAACAUCGACUCUGCUACUGCCACAACAUGAACCUCCAGCCUCAUGUGUCCAUCAGCCCAGGCCCAUCUGGUCCUACCUUAAACCCAUUGUGGAUUCCAACAAUAAAUGGACUCACAGUGAGCUUGCAGACAAAAUGUGAACUAAACUCGAGUUUGGCACUUAAAAACAAAAAUACAGGAAAAUUAGUAGAAGAAUUUCUGGUUAUUACUAUUAUCUCUUUAAGGUAGAGCAGUGUUAAGAAGUGAUGUAAACAUCUGUUAUUGGCUGUAUCUUUUCUGCUGGUCACUUGCUGCAAGAAAAGAAAAUGUGUAUACCAGCGAUGAUAUGUGGGCAGGUUCUGUGCCGUGAACUGCGCUGAUAGGUGUAUAUAUUCCAACAAUUGUCUAAUUUUCUGUCUGGUCUGAAUUUUUUUCUUUCUAGUUUCUCAUUUUGUAAGGAUGGUGUUUACCAUCUGUCCCAAAAGUCUCUUGAGAGCAUGUGUAAAUUGCUGUAAAAUAAUUGUUUAAGUUGUCAAAUGAUUUUUUUUACAUCAUAGUUGCUGUCCUUCUACAGCCAAAGCCAGAAGAACGCAGCAUGAAAAUGAUUAUUAACCAAAUACAAGUUAAAAUGUGUUUUCUCCCGCUGAUUCUUCAGUUACAUGAUUUGAUGCCACAUGGGACAAAGUCCCACACAGAGGUAGAAAACCGGUGAUUCCGAGUGUUGAACGCAGCCAUAAUGACUGGAUUGGCACCGCUUUAUUCAGACGUUGGACAUCACCUGAGCCUGUUUGUUGCCUGUUUAACCAGGCGCUGACUCUGAAGAAUUGUGUGAGAAUAAGUAACUUUCAUUGUUCUUCUGAAGAAAUCUUGACGUAUUUUAGUCCCCUGAAAAAAUUAAAUGUCAAACUUUUUUUUUUUUUUUUUGGGGGGGGGGGAGAAAAGAAUAAAACCUGAUAAAGAAAUGCUCCUUUGACUGAUGCCAGCUCCUCCUCCUGGCAUAUGUCUGCUGGUAAUUUUGAUUUGGAUCUAAACUGUGUGUAAGUGUGUGUGAAGUGUUAAUGAGAAAGCAGAGAGGGUGAUUGGGUUGCAUGAUCUCGUUUGUCAACUAUUUCUCUCUGUGCUCAGAGGCUAUUUAAGAAACUAUAACUGUUGCUGGUUUUCUUGUGUUUUAAUGUUUUUUUUUUUUUUUGUUUUGGUUUUUAUUUUUAUCAAAUUGAGGUUUGUUUUAAUGUUAAUAAUAAUGCUGAGAGACAUAUUUCUCUCUCUCGCUCUCUCUUGCUCUGUAUCUCUUUGUAUUAAUGUGGGGUUUUUUUGGCAGAUGAAAGGACUCUGGGCCACAACGACCAUGAAGAUUUUCUUAUUUUUAGAUUUUAAUAAUGUGUUUGAGAAUAAAGUCAGUGCUGCAGUCAUGUGCAGUCGUUACUCCAAAA